GGCGGUGAUUAGAAAUUCACCCACCCUUUUGUUGCUAGGAAUGUCCCAUUCAUGAAUCCAAUAUCAUGCAUGAGUUUGAAACAAGAAAGCUAGCUGCUGCUUAGCUGGUCGCUGUACGUUGUUGGUUGUUUUGGAAAGAGAAAUAAUCAUAAAGUCAUGUCUAAAUCACACAAGAGGUCUGACUCUCUGAAGCGUAAGCAUUGGAGCAUAAAGGCUACUGAGAGCUUAAUAUGUCGGAACACUGAAGGACACUUUUGCCUCAAUGUUGAGGGUGGAGCGGAGAGUGGACUCAUGCCAUUUAUUGGAGAGAUCAGACAAGACAAGAUCCACUACCAGAGUGGAAAACUACACCACACAGACAUUAUACUAGAAGUGAAUGGUAAACGAGUGGCUGGAAUGAUAAAGAAAGAUGUGAUCGCUCUUAUUAAACGCUCUGCCCAACCAGUCUCACUGCUGACCGUUAAACAAAAUGCCACAAUCACAAAAGAUGUUCGACAGUACUUGUCCACAAGGUUCACCAAAAACUCCGUGGACAGUGAGCUGCAACAUCAAAUAAGGGAGAACCUACAUAUGAGAGUAGUGCCCUGUACAACACGCAGGCCACAAGAUGGUGAGAGGAAUGGUAUUGACUAUAACUUUAUCUCUGUGGAAGCAUUCAAACGCAUGGAAAAAUCUGGUGACCUUCUGGAGAGUGGGUCCUAUGAAGGAAACUACUAUGGCACUCCCAAACCUCCUGCUGAUCCACCUCACACGUCAAUGGUCCAGGCUUACUCACGCUCAACAGCUACUACUGGGUACACUAAAGAGGGGGUACUCCCUUCAGAUCCCUUGUCUGUUCCCAGGGGGCGCGGUCCAGUUGGUCAAUUGCCCGUACCCAAAGCCCUAGGCCCACUCCCGGCCAACUGGGAGAUAGCAUACACUGAGAAUAACGAAAAGUACUUCAUCGAUCACAGCACUGGUACCACCCAUUGGCUAGACCCUAGACUGGCCCGCUACUUGAAACACAACAUGAUUGAAUGUCAAGAGAAUGAGCUUCCGUAUGGUUGGGAGAAAGUAAACGACCCAGUGUAUGGCACCUACUUCAUUGAUCACGUGAACCGUAACACUCAGUAUGAGAACCCAGUGGCUGAAGCCAAACGACGCUAUGCUGGCUCCCAGCUCCCUCAACGUACCGGUACCCAUGGGCAUAACAUGCGGCCACCACCCAUACGAGAACCCCCUCCCUCCAUAAAGUCUGCCGCAGCGCUGGAGAAACAGCGAGAAGCUGAAGCUGCUGCGAUGUGGCCUGACGCCAACCUUGCUGACCAGGGAGACAACUACCCCUACCCAUACCCACAGACCCAGCCCACCGAACAGGAUUUGGAGGCAGACCUUCAUGGAGAGGUGAUCUAUGUUAGUCUACAGAAAACAGCUUCUGGGUUCGGAUUCACUAUUAUUGGUGGAGAUCGUCCUGGAGAGCUGCUCCAAAUUAAAAGUAUUGUCCGUGGGAGUGUUGCUGAUCGUGAUGGUCGACUAUUAGUUGGUGAUGUAUUAGUACGAAUCAACGGAAUAUCAGUGCUCACAUACAACCACAGAAAGGUGGUGGACCUCUUCCAGAGCCUGCCUCUCAAUUCUGAUGUAUCCGUCGAAGUGAGGAGGGGCUAUCCGUUACAAGAAUUCCGUGGAGACGAGCUUCCCUCAUACCAUGAGUCCAGCCAUGGGUACAGCGACUACCCCCCACCUCAGGACAACUACAACCAGCAUAACCAACAGCAACAGCACCAGCAACUUGAGCGAGUGGCAGUGCACAUCGUGAAGGGACCACUUGGGUUCGGAUUCUCUCUGGAUACCGGACAUUAUCCUCCCGCAGGUGAGUCUGAAAUGGGCCCAAUAGUGAAACAAAUCAUGGACCACCCUCGCUGUGCCCAACUACAAGAGGGAGAUGUCCUCAUGGAGGUAAACGGGGAGAGAGUGAGGGGCUACGAUCACUCUGAUCUGGUCACAGUCCUCAAGAGAUGUCCCAAGGGAAACCAGGCCACCUUCCUUGUAUUCAGACAGCCUCCUGAGGAGUUGCCAAGUUACCCUGUUCCUGAUAUGUUCCAGGGUCCGGGUGAACCAAUGGGCAAUGAUGGGCCAUUCACCACGAUGGAGGUCCGCCUCCUGAGACAAGUCUCAGGUUUUGGAUUCAGGAUCAUAGGAGGGGAAGAGGAGGGAUCUCAGGCUACUGUGGGAGCUAUAGUGGCUGGUGGUGCAGCUGAUUUGGAUGGAAGAUUACAAAUUGGCGAUGAAAUCUCACACAUAAAUGGCAACUCUGUUGUCAAUGCCUCGCAUCGUGAAGUCAUUGGCCUGAUGGGAGAUGCAGCUGCUCAAGGGGAUGUGGUCCUGGGUAUUCGUAGGAAGAUGCCAAUGUCUGAGUCUGUGCCCCCUCCCGGCUCUUAUGGCAGCCCUCAGCAUCAGCCAUAUCAACAAGAUGGUCUUGGAGUGAACGAUUCAGAUGGACCAAUGUCAGGGCUACCCAGAGGACCCAGGGAAAUAAUUGUACAAAGGCCUGAUGUACUGACUAGCUUUGGCUUUGUGCUCCAGUCCAACACUUUGCGUGCAGGUUGUAUGAUCUGUCGCCUUGUGCCAGGCAGCCCUGCUGAGAAGUGCAACCAGUUGUACACCUAUGACGAACUGUUGUCCGUGAACGAGCAAGAUGUCUCCAGGAUGGACCAUGUGGACAUUGUGGCCCUCAUUAAAAGCUCUGGUACCUCCAUCCAUCUCUUUGUGCAACAGCCAGAAGACCUUGACCUUGUCAACAGGCAACAGAUGAUAGUGGACAACGAUGGCCAAGGUGGCCUGCCCCAGCAGUCUGGUGGUUGGGAUGAGCCCCCGGAGGAUCACCUGAACUAUCAGGACUAUCCCCCGGUAGAAGAAGACGGACCACCUCAGAUAUCUGCUGACCUCAGUGAUAUUGCUAGUGAUGAUGAAGAAAUCCAUCACAUUGACAUCCGGCGCAGCGGAGGAGGCUUUGGGUUCAGUAUUCGUGGUGGAGCAGAGUACAACUCUCCACUGUGUGUGCUGAGGAUUGCUGAUGGAGGAGCAGCACAGGUUGAUAGGAGAUUGAGAGUAGGUGAUGAACUGCUUGAGAUCAACGGCAACAAUACAGAGAACAUGCUCCACUCUGAUGCCAUUACCAUCAUCAAGCACGGAGGAGACGUGGUCAAGCUCAUUAUCAGAAGGGUGCCUGAUGAGCCAUUCAUUGGAGGCAAGUCUGAUGGUACUGUAUUCUCUCCAACUGCCGUGCAAGCCAAGGAUCGCUAUGCUCAGGAAUACAUGAAUUCCCUGGGGAGGAGAGGUCGUAUCGGGGGGCAUCCACCAAAUGCAUAGACACUUCUUGAUAACGUACUCAGCGAUAUUCUAGAAGAGAAAAAAAAGACCUUUCAAACUCAUUUACUUAACUUAUAGAUAGACUUGACCUGCUAAAGGCACUCAUAUAUACACAUGCUGUUUAUUGUUAAUGAUUUUUAUGCCAACCUGAAAUUUUUUGUAGUUGAAUUUUCUGUUUAUAGUGUAAAAAUGAUUUUUUUUUGUUUCAUUCACGUACAUGCAAUGUAAAUGGUAUAUAAUUAUGUGUAAAAUUAUAAUCAGAGCAGUGAUAUAAUUAUUUUGUAUA